AUGCCAUCCCCGCCCGUCCACCCAUAUCUCCGUCCCCGUAGCUCCGAGAGGAAAGUUCCCCCCAAAACGCCCAAAGGCGAAUUGGCCAACGAUCGACUCGGAGUCGAGUCCGGCGAUGAAGGCGUGGAUACCUUCUCUCGCCCAGAAUGGCAUGUCUGGGGAGAAGACGAUCCCCCCGUGGUCUCCAUAUCUAGACAGAGUCUACAAAGUGGGUUCGGUAGCUUGGAAGUUAGUGUUAUGGAGGUCCUUGGUAGCUCCAACGCUUUUCCGAGUCUUGCUCGUAUGUGUCGUGCGUCUCGUCGAGCACCGGUAUCCAGCGCGUUAUGUAUGACAUCGUCAUAUGUAACUCCGUCUCUUCUCGUCUUGUCUCGUCUCAUCCUGUUCCGUCGUAUCACGGCAGUCCACUCCCCACCCACCACCUCUCCCCACACCCUCACCAACCCGUUUCCAUAUCAGCUCCAACCAAGCCCCACAACCGCCCAAACAAACAAAAAACAACAGACGGCUGGAAACCACCGCCCAAAAACAAACAGAAAGAAGAACUCACCUCCGAAUCACCGCCCCCAUCCUCCACCGAGUCAAAGCAGACACGCCUUCCAUCCUCUCCAGCCACAGCAGGACAGCAGCAACACCAGAGCGAAGCAAAUCACAGCGUACCGAGGUGGAACAGGAGCAGCAGAGCAGAGCAGAGUCGAACAAAUCUCGCAAGAACUCAGUGCGUGGUCGUUCGUUGAGUCACACACAAACACACAGACAAAACUCGAGAUCAAAACAUGA